AUGUAUUCCUUUCUUUCUUUUUUGCAUUUGUAUUUUCUUUCUUUCUUUCUUUCUUUUUUCUUUCUUUCUUUCUUUCUACCAUUUCCUGUUACUGAUUCUAACUGCAUGUAUUCCUUUCUUUCUUUUUUUUUUUGCAUUUGUAUUUUUUCUUUCUUUCUUUUCUUUCUUUCUUUCUUUCUUUCUUUUUUCUUUCUACCAUUUCCUGUUACUGAUUCUAACUUCAUAUAUUCCUUUCUUUCUUUUUUUGCAUUUUUUUUCUUUCUUUCUUUCUUUCUUUCUUUCUUUCUUUUACCAUUUCCUGUUACUGAUUCUAACUGCCUAUUCCUUUCUUUCUUUUCCUUUCGUAUUUUUUUUGCAUUUGUAUUUUCUUUCUUUCUUUUUCUUUCUUUCUUUCUUUCUUUCUACCAUUUCCUGUUACUGAUUCUAACUGCAUGUAUUCCUUUCUUUCUUUUUGCAUUUGUAUUUUCUUUCUUUUUUUUUCUUUCUUUUCUUUCUUUUUCUUUUUUUUUAUUACCAUUUCCUGUUACUGAUUCUAACUGCAUGUAUUCCUUUCUUUCUUUUUUGCAUUUGUAUUUUUUUUUUUCUUUCUUUCUUUCUUUCUUUCUUUCUUUCUUUCUUUCUUUUACUUACCAUUUCCUGUUACUGAUUCUAACUGCAUGUAUUCCUUUCUUUCUUUUUUGCAUUUGUAUUUUUUCUUUCUUUCUUUUUUUCUUUCUUUCUUUUCUUUCCACCAUUUCCUGUUACUGA